AUGGUGAAAGUGACGAACGCCGAGCAAGCCCUCGCUGGAGAAGCGUCGACCAGUCGCCGGAAGAGACAACGACUUCCCUCCAUAGAAGGCGAAAAUGGUGGAGCAACGGCGAGUGUAAAUCGGAGUGAAGACGACGGAGGUACGGUCGGGGUUGAUGUUCGAAUUAGAUCUUCUCGACUGUCCCGUUUGCUGCAACGCACUAACGAUUCCGAUCUUUCAGGUCUUCUCUUUCUACUUCACGACUACUUAAUAUCUCUAAUCCAAUGCGUUGAUUCACAGUUUUGA